AUGAGAGAAGAAAAUAAAGAGAUCUCAGUAACUGAAGUCAGCGGACUCCUAAUGAAAAAUGAUUGGGCGCACUUCAAGAGUGAUCGUAUGAAGAUAAUGAAGAUGUUGAAAACUCUAAUAAAUCAAUAUGCCAAACUCAAUCCAAGCUCAGACAUAACAUUAAUCAAAUUAUAUGAGUUACAAGUCUAUUUAAAUGAGUUGACCAUUUACGAAUUCCAAUUAAAAUAUACGGAGAUUUACACUGCAGAGGUGAUAUUAACAUUUCCCCUACCUAAAACAUGGGCAGAUAUGACGAAGGCUGAUAAUGCUGUAAUUAGCUUGUUGCAUUAUGAGCGCCUUUUAUCUGAAAGCUCAAGAUCUGUACGAGAUUUUUUAUGGGUCAAUGAUUAUAAG